AUAUCCUGUUUGUUUCACUGUGCAGGAAGGCAGCACAUGUGGAACUAUGUGUCCUUCUGCAUGUCUGGCCCUGACAUACACUCUAUGCUUAUUAUUAGCCUGAACUAGACUAGAGAAGCAUGUAAAGGGGCACAAGUGAUGUGUAACUGACAGACACAAUAAGUAAGCCACAAACAGUCUGACCAAUGAACGGACUGAGUUCACUCUUGUCCAAAGUUCUUGUACAGCUUUUGUUUUCUUUGUUCGGUGUCUUGGUUGUCUUUUGUUCAACAGUGCUCCUUUUGAGUAGGCCUAUUUGAAUACAAUACAAUUUGAUUCCUUGCUGCGUGUUCACAUAUGAGUAAGGCAUGUGGCUAUAAGGCAAACUAUGCACUGGCUUUAACUUCUUUUAGUCUAAAAGGUUUUAACAUAGUUGGAUAUUAGUUUUUUUGAGACAGGUGUAUCAGGUACAAUGUUGCAGAUUAGACUUAGAGACAGUUUCCUGCUCCUUCUAUUGGCGGUCGGUUGUGUAACACAGGAAGAAACCCAAAUUAAAGGCUGUUUUUGUGGACACCCUGGAAUACCAGGCGAUCCUGGACACAAUGGUACACCUGGCAGAGACGGCCGCGAUGGACUCAGAGGUGACAAAGGUGAUCAAGGUCAAGUUGGCCCUACUGGACCAGCAGGCAAUGAUGGCCUUAAGGGAGACAAAGGAGAACUUGGUGCAGUUGGUCCAGCAGGGCUCAAAGGAAAAAGGGGAGACAAUGGAGAACGGGGUCCUCCUGGGAAAAUGGGGCCUCAAGGAGUCCAAGGGCCCAUUGGCCUGAAAGGAAAUAAGGGAGAGCUUGGGCUACCUGGACCCCAAGGACCUAAAGGUGAUUUGGGGCCUCUUGGACCUGAGGGUCAAAAGGGGGAAAUUGGUCUUCGGGGUGACAGAGGCAUUCAGGGUCCACUGGGACCUCCCGGCAGGCCAGGCCAUAAGGGGGAAAUUGGUGUCCCAGGUCAAAAAGGUAAUAUUGGUUAUCGUGGUGACAAAGGGACCCAAGGAGAGAAGGGUGAUAUAGGUGAGAAGGGAGAUGCACCCGUUAACCCUAAAAGUGCCUUCUCUGUGGGACUCACAUCACAAAGUAAACUCCCAGCAGCUAAUGCACCGAUCCGGUUUGACAAGAUCAUCUACAAUUUACAGAAUCACUACGAUUCACAAACAGGAAGAUUCACAUGCUCCACAGCAGGAGCCUAUUUCUUCACCUACCACAUCACUGUCUUCUCCAGAAACGUGAAGGUGGCUCUUGUAAAGAAUGGUGCAAAGAUCAUCCACACCACGGAUACCUACCAGAGCAGCGAGGAUCAGGCAGCGGGGGGCGCUGUGCUGCACCUUGACGUGGGGGACAAGGUGUGGCUGCAGGUGGCUGGAGGAGAGCUGUUCAAUGGGCUCUUUGCUGAUGAAGAUGACGACACUACUUUUUCUGGGUUCUUAAUCUUUGGGGUUUAAAUUAAGCAAAAUUUCUUUAUAAUUGCUGGAGAAUGUUUCAGAAUAGAAAUCAGCCCGCCUCUAAACUUUAGUUGAUUGCAUAAUUCAUUCUGCAAUGUAAAUACUAGUAGGCCUACUCCACUACUGUACAUCUUAAGUACAUCUAUGUUAUGCUACUUUAAUACUUCUACUCACAUCAUACUUUUUAUUCCACUGGAUUUUUUUGACACCUCUGGUUACUUUGCAAAUUAAGAUUGUACAUGUAAAUCAUAUGGCAGCUUAUAAAAUACAAUUUAUUGUUAAAGAUGAACAACUUAUAAUAUACACUACUUCAAAACAACUCCAAACAGUAAAAUAUAAAAUAGACAAUACAACACUCAAAGGGGAACUUAAACUGCAGUACUUUUCUUGUUGAUACUUCAAGUAGGCUACAUUUUGCUGAGAAUAUUUCUAUUCUUUUACUUUAGUACAAUUUUAAAUACAGGACUUUUAAACAGUUAUAUUACUUUCAAUUUGUUCCAGUUAACAUUGUGUGUGCAUUAUGUGGUUAUUAAAUCAAUUGAAUUAGCUUUCUUGCAGGAUCUUGAGCAUGUAAUUCUGCUGACAUGAGAGCAUCAGCCUGUGAAUGAAAAAAGCGACAUUAAAAAGAUAAAA